GAUCUGGCUUAGAAGAUUCUUCCCAAAGAUGGCACCUCUGGCUGCUGAGUCAUUGCUGGCCCCAUUGCAGAGAGAGAGACUCCUUUCUAGUCAGACAGCCUGCAGCACCCAGCUGUUCUUUCAAUCUCUCCCAGCCAAGUACUGAGCUACUGUGAACUUGCUCAGCAGGGGCUGUGUGAUGUGAUCACUGCCUAAGAUGGGUGCAGGCUUGACCUUUGACCUCAUUCCCACCACAUGCAGUGAAUGCUUGGGUGUCGAAUGUCUCCCUCUGACUGGCUUGGUGCCCUGUCAGUCUGCAUAAUCACAGCUCACAGGCUGAGACAUGAGUCACCCCUUCAUUUUCCUUUUCCAUGGGGCUAUGCAGCUCACAGGGGAGUGAGUGGGGGGCUGGGGAGAGGUCACAAAGCGUAUAAGUGAGGACUGAGAUUCCUGGGACUGAGAGGAGAGCUAGAGAGAUGACUGGGUGGGAUCCUAAGCUCUGGUGCUGUCGCCAAGCCCCGCUCCGACCAGCCGUGGCUAUCCUGAUGUCAGUCGCUUUCCUUCAUGUAGCUGUGGCCAGCACUCAGCACUAUCGCGGGGAAGCCUGGAGAGAGGCGGCUGUCCAUGCUGACUUCCUGUCCCAGCUGGCUCAGGGCAUGAGGGAGACCCUGGAGGAGUGGAUUGGCCGGGACACACUUCAGCUAGUGACAGAGAACGUCUCUGCCGUGUUCUGGAUUGUGUCCUCUGGCAUCUCGGCAGGUCUGAUCACUCUGUCCGGAAUCGCAGGGCAGAUCCUAAGCGCCUUCGGAGUGAAUGGAGAUCACGUGGUGCAGCCCCUUAAGCUGGGCCCUGCCCAGGUACAGACCCUGCUGCUGUGGGGCCUGGCCGCUGUGGUGGGCUAUUGGCUGCUCUCACAGCUGCUGGGCCUGUUGCUGUCCAUCCUGGGACACGUCGUGUGGGGGCUGAAGGUGGCGUUCUUCCUGGGCUGCUUCCUGCUGAUCGUCUCGGCGGUGCCCAACCCCUCGGUGCAGGCCUUGCUGCUGCUGUGCCUGCUCACCCUGUAUGCCCUGCUGGGGAGGCUGAGUGGGGCGCGCCACUCUGGGAGCCAACUGGAGGCCAAGGUGCGCAACCUGGAGUGGCAGGUGGAGGAGCUGCGGCGCCGGCAGAGGCGGUUAUCCCCCAGGAACCUGGAGCAGGAUGAGUGAGGAGCGGGAGGUGGCCCCUCCCAGCACACUACGGACUCUCACACCACAAUUCACUGCUAUGCUGGUUCUCUGCACAUGCUCAUGGGGGCCUCUCCACCCUGUGGCUCUUCUCAGGCCCCUCCUCUCUGCACACUCACAGGCCCCUCCCCAUUGUACAAACUGACAGAUGCUACCCACCUCAGGGACUCGCAGGCCCCACCCCCAUUCCCCAUGGCGCUUGCAGGCUGUCCCCACACCCACCCCAGGGACAAGCGAAGCCCAAAGGGAGCUCUCUGGAGUGGAGGGAUGAACCCGUGGGAGAUGGUGUGAUUUUCCCCAGCCUGCCCUGAUCUCGUGGGCAGAGGAUGGGAGGUGCUCCCUCAGCUGCCUGCCCCCACCCCUGCCAUCUCCCAUAGAGUUGCUGCCAUGGGGCUCAUCACACUGGGGCUUAAAAGGGCUGCUUUGAUGUUGGUGAAGUCUGGGACCAAGUGGGGGUUUGGUCUCGGGUGCUAAGAUGCUGAAUUCCGCCCCUUCUUCUUUUCCUGCUGUCUCCCUCUUGUCCCCUUCCCAUGCUGCCCUACAGCUGGCGCCGGGGCUCCUGGCCUUUCCCUCCACCCUCUACCUCUGCCUGAUCCUUUCCCCACCGUCACCCCAUCCCCUCACCUAGCCCUGGACCGGUCUCGCUAAGAAGGCUGGGUCCUAAGGGUUUGAUGCACAGAGGUGCUGAGCUCUUGCCGCUCCCAUUGACUUCAGCUGGAGUUGAGGGUUGGUCAGUGCUUCUAGAAGUCAGAUGCUGGAUAGAUAAACUGGGGGCAGGGGCAUUGUAUCCCGUUUCAGGAGGGGGCAGUGUACCCCUGCAGGAUCUCUGAUCAGGGAGGGUGUGUACAGGGGAAGGGUUUCCCCAAGUGCCUUCAUCCAAGCCAAUGGUGCCUUCUUAAGCUAAAAGUGGAUGGUGUUUGUUGCAGGGCGGGAGGGGAAACUGGGAUAAGUGUAUAUGGGGAAAAUGUUUACAGGUCCUUUUUAAGAACCUCCCCCCCAACACCAUCCAAGCCAAAGACACACAGCACAUGGGAGCGGGCACAGGGAAGUUCUUCCUCCGUUUGUCACAGCUGGGGUGGGAGUUGUCUCUUGGUGCCACCUCAAGCAUGGCAGGUGGCCUUCGUGUUAAUCUGCCCCCGGAUCGUGGCGGAGCGGGCCACAAUUGAUCAGAAAGGAGGGGUACGUAGCAACUCCUGUUCAUCCUCCUGCGUGCCCCUAGGGAACGUCUACACUUGGAGCAAGGGGUGCGAUUCCCAGCUCACGUAGAUACUUGCGCUAGCUCUCAUUCCCAUGAGCAUGCUGAAAACAGUAGUGUAGACAGCCUGGCCGAGUACAAACCCUCCUGAAUCCCGUGGGUGCAGACUCGGUACAGCUAGCGCCUUCCACCACUCUCUGCAGUUCAUGCUACCCCAGCUACGCUGCUGUUUUUACUGUGCUAGCUCCAUGAGAGCUAGGAUGAGCAUCUCUGAACUGUAGGGAUUCACAGCUAGGGGCUGGAGAGGAGGCCAGUGGGGCCAGGGCUUGGACUGGGCAUGUGUUGUUGGGUGGAGGUUGCCAAUCUGUGCUUUGAAAGUUCUGUCUAUUUUAAAUGAACAGGCCAUUUUGUUACCAGGUUCCAAAUAAAAUCUAUUUAACCACA